AUGGUGGCCACAAGCACAAAUCAAUCCGAGUUAGAAACAAGUAAGAAGGAUUCCACUUAUGACAGAAUAGCUGAAGUCAAAGCCUUUGAUGAAACAAAACUUGGUGUGAAAGGCCUCUUCGAUUCUGGGAUCACAAAGAUACCACGCAUGUUCCAUCAUGCCAAGGUGGAGGACCACACUGAAACCAUGCCAAAUGACUCAAACUUCAGUGUCCCCAUCAUAGAUCUCCAAGAUAUAGACACAAACUCAUCCCUUCGUGUGAAAGCACUUGACAAGAUUCGAAGUGCAUGCAAGGAGUGGGGGUUUUUCCAGGUGGUGAAUCAUGGUAUUGCUGUUGAUCUUUUGGAUGAGAUGAUAUGUGGAAUCCGUAGGUUUCAUGAACAAGAUGUUGAGGUGAGAAAAAGCUUUUACUCGAGGGAUAUGAAUAAGAAAGUUAGAUAUUUCUCCAAUGGUACUCUUUAUAGAGACCCUGCUGCUAACUGGAGAGACACAAUUGCUUUUUUUCGUACUCCUGAUCCUCCUAAUCCAGAAGAAAUACCAUCAGUAUGCAGAGACAUUGUGAUUGGUUAUUCAGAGAAAGUAAGGGCAUUAGGCUUUACAAUCUUUGAGCUAUUCUCAGAGGCUCUUGGCCUUCAUUCUUCUUAUCUUAAAGAAUUGGACUCCGUUGAUGGACAAUUUCUUUUGUGUCACUACUAUCCUCCAUGCCCUGAACCCGAAUUAACUAUGGGUACUUCAAAGCACACUGAUAUUAGCUUCAUGACAAUUCUUCUGCAAGACCAGAUGGGUGGUCUUCAAGUUCUUCAUCAGAAUCAAUGGGUUGAUGUUCCUCCAGUGCAUGGAUCUCUUGUUGUAAACAUUGGGGAUUUUCUGCAGCUUAUAUCAAAUGAUAUGUUCGUUAGUGUCUAUCAUCGGGUCUUAUCAAGUCAUACAGGCCCCAGAAUUUCAGUUGCAAGUUUCUUUGCAAACUCAUUUCAACAGAGUUCAUUGAAGGUUGUUGGUCCAAUAAAAGAGUUGUUAUCAGAAGACAAUCCACCAAUCUAUAGGGACACUACUGUUAAAGAUGUCAAAGCACAUUAUUUUGAGAAAGGCCUUGAUGGGAACAAUUCCUUGCACCCCUUUAGGUUGUGAAGUGAAUAAUGAGAAUUCGAUUAGAGCACUCUUGAUUCCUUUGGAGUUGGCUUUAGUGUGCAUUUUAUCAUGGUUAACUUUUUCCUUUGACUGCGAUUUUCAGUAUCUUGUAACUUCUAAAUAAACAACAUCAAGUUCUAGAGACAGAGCAUGGUUAAGGCACCCUUAAUUAUUUGCACUGCACAAGAGCAAAGUUUCUAGUUUCUGUAUUAUGAUAAUAUAAUAUAGAGUGGUGAGUAUAUUAUUCUCACAGUAUAUAUGGAUUUAUUUUAUGUAAGAGUGGUUGGAAUUGGAUCAUCCUCCUACUUCAAUCUAUAUAGCAUAGACUGUAAUUCACUGUAUGCACUUUCUUUAGAUGAGUUAAAUUAAAUCCGAUUUUUCUGUUGUUACUUUA